AAUAAUUAACUAUAAUGUUGGUUAGUCAAAAAUCAGUGUUCGGUACUUGAAGUCUGAAGAAGAAACGUAGAAAAAUCCUGUUUCGAAGUCGAAUCUGCAGAGUGUGAGAGUAUUUACUACAUCUGGAUCUGCAAUAUUCAGAGAAGAAGAAAAAGAAGAAUUGAUGGCUCGCGCGGGAGGGAUAACGAACGCUGUGAACGUGGGAAUAGCAGUGCAAGCCGAUUGGGAGAACCGCGAAUUCAUCUCUCACAUUUCCCUCAACGUUCGUCGCCUCUUCGACUUCCUCGUCCAAUUCGAGGCUACAACCAAGAGCAAGCUUGCAUCGUUGAAUGAGAAGCUUGAUGUAUUGGAGCGUAGGCUGGAACUCCUUGAAGUUCAAGUGGCCAAUGCAUCAGCCAACCCAUCUCUUUUUGCUACAUGAUGCCAUUUACUUACAGCUUUUUCCAGUAAGCACCUCCCCUCCUACCUAUAAUGUAAAAUCUAGAGAGAAUAUUUGGUUAGUAUCUUGCCUUGUGUUAUGUAAAUCUUGUUCUUCAAUUUCAAUUUUUGUCCAGCUUAUUUGUGAUGGUUAGUUACUACUGCACUCCUUUUGUUUGUAACUUUGGACAAGCUAAACCCUAUGGUUCAUAUGUAUCAUAUUUUUAGUUCGUUGUACCUCUAUCAAAGCCUUUAAAAUCCUACCUUCUAAAUC